AUGGCCUCUUAUUGGCGGUACUUCUACAUACCAAAAGUGUAUUUUAAGCAACAAGAAGCCCCCUCGAGUACUUCUGGCAUUCCGGAAACUGGAAAUGAAGUCUCCGAGGGACCACCUUUGAUGAUCAAACAGCCAUUGGGUUUUGCGAUAAGAAAGCGAUCCACUACAGCGCCAGCUCUGAGAGACGACGUGCCCCCAAAGUGCUUAGACGUAGAUCCGGUUCUGCGCGAGCGAAGCCAUUACUUAAGCAAUAAUGGAAAAAACUAAUAAACAUAAAGUACAAGUACUAGUACAAACGAAAAAACUAAUAUAAAGUAGAAGUACAAACGACGUGGAUUUCUCUAUAAUUAUAAGUCAUUACUUGUUGUAGUACUUUUUCAGUACAUGAUGUACAUGUGCUAGGUCGUAGACUUCCAGAGCAGACAUACAUAGAAGUGAGUUUUUGGCUCAUGUACGAGGUAUACCUCCUCCAGAGACAUAUGAAUUAUACUUCUCUCUUUUCAUACUAUUACACGAUCGUGAAGAGCGACGACUGCUUGACAGCUGACGGCCUAUCCUAUCGGGUGAAAAAGGAUUUGGACGCCUUUGAUCCGGAGGACACCCUGCAGCCUUGGGGCAGCGUAGUCUGCGGUCCCAUCGUGGAUGACCGCUGGAUCGAAGUUGAAGGAUGGUUCCUGCCAGUAGCUGUUAUGAUAGAUGCCAGUAGCUGUUAUGAUAGAGCCGUAAGCACACACAUUGAGAGGACUACAUCAAAUGUAGUGCUGAAUACUCGAAGAUGGACACGGCAGACGUAGAUAUGCUGAAUACUCGAAGAUGGACACGGCAGAUAUACAACAGAUUUCCAAUACCGUACAAAGUUAGAAAAUAUGAGCAGUCGUGUCUGAUGAAUGGUUCCGGUAAGUAGUAUCACAGGAGGUGGCCAGUCGUCUAAUGUUCUGAAAAGCAUAGUGGACACACGCAUUGUAUGGAGUCUUGUUGUGCGGCCCUCGACGCUGCGUGAGCUCCUGGCGCAGAUGGAACCUUAA